GUACUAUAUCUCUUCCUUUGGAGAUGAAGCGUGGAAGAGGAGAUACAGAUCUCUCGAACGUUUCCUUCGGCAAGACCGACAUAAACACAUCGAACUUUCGAAGAAGACCAUCUUAGAACAAGUCUGUACCUCUUUUAUUAUUUUUUAUUCAAUUGUAAAGAAAGAGAUUUUCGAUUAGAAGCCGAUCUCUAUAUUACGAUGUCGAGAGUGAAACGAGUUAGUGUUAGAGAAACUAAGAGAUAGAAAAUCUUUUGAAAAAAAAAGAAAAGAGAAAGAAAGGAAUCAAAAAUAAAGAACUAAGGAAUAGAGAAAGAAAGAGAAAGAGAGUGUGUGUAUAUGUGUGUGAGAAAGAAAAAGAAAGAGAAACGAUUUGGAAGAAAGUGCAGAGGGGGGCGAGGAUCAAUGAACUGUGAUGAUUAUUCUUAUGUGAUGAUCGAACUUUCUGAAAAGAGUGAGAGAAUUUGAAGACUGAAGAUUUCACGUAUCCGAAGCUUUUUUUUACAUUUCUUUACGCUAUUUCUUAAAUAUCGUAUAAAUAAAAAAUCAUUUAAGAAGAAGACCCACAAAAAAGACGACGAAGAGAUCGAAGUAUGCGCACUUAUACAUGGAAUUAAUCGUAAAAAAAGAAAAGAAAAAAAAAGAGAGAAUAGAGAGAGAAUAGAACGGGAAUGUUGAAAGUUAGGGAAACCAUAGAACGAACGUGAUCAGUAUCAAGGCAAACGAGAGUGUGCUGGACACGAGUCUCUUCGAUGUGUAUAUAUAUAUCUCUUUUAUUCGAGAGAUAAAAACAAAAGGAGAAGAAAUAUUCAUGAAGUUGUGCACGCGUGUGUGUUGUGUGCUCGGUUCGCGAAUCGAGAAAAAACAGGAUCAAUUAGCAACGUGCAGAAGAAUAAGAAUAAACUUGAAUCGGAAUAGUGUCCUUGAAAAGUAUUUCAUUUCUUCGUGCGUACGUUCAAGAAUAUAUUUUUCUCGUAAAAUUCAUCGAGAUCAUAACGACGAAAAUAUUUUUGUGUGAAUCUCUUGUAGAAAUCUUAUUGAAGAAUAAGUCGAUUUCGAUAAACGCAAAAAAAAAAAAUGCGCGGGAAUUUGGAAUUUUUUCCAAGAAGUGCCAUCUCAUCCGAUUAGUGAUAUUAUUUUUGUCUUUAUUUUUUUUCUUUUUUGACGAGAAAAAAUUUGUUAAAAGAAAAAAGAUUAAGAAAGAUAGAAAAUACACAGUAAAUGGAAUAUAUUUUGUAAUAAUGACAAGAUCGUGUGGGUGAGAGAUAUUGUGUAUGUGUGCGUGUGUGUGGAGAAAGAAUUAAUUAGAUUGUGGGUAUUAGAGGUUAAUCAUGUUUCUUGAAUCAUUCGUAAGAACGUCUUAACAUCGUCAUCAUCAUUAUUAUCGUCUUCGUGUCGUUGUCGUUGUUACAUCGAUCCAAGUUCCACGAGUUAUACAUACAGAUAUAAACGAAGAUGGAUAGAAACGAAAGUGGUGUUGGUAUUGGAAGUAGCACUAAUGGAAAUUGUCACGUUGGAAAUUCAGGAUCACCAUUGAAUUCUUCCUCUUCGAGUCAUCCGCCCCUUCAUACUUCUUCGUCGGGAUUGGAUAGUCAGACCGGAGAUAGAGGAUGGGAGAUUCAUCAAGUCACCGUUACCAGAGUCCCAGGAUAUGGUUUUGGAAUCGCUGUAUCUGGUGGUCGUGAUAAUCCACAUUUUACCAAUGGUGACCCAGCUAUUGCAAUCUCCGACGUUUUGAAGGCCGGACCUGCGGAAGGAAAGUUGCAGGUAAACGAUCGCAUCAUUUCCGCAAACGGAGUAUCGUUAGAAGGUGCCGAUUAUGGAGCAGCUGUCCGAGUUCUUCGAGACUCUGGAUCGACCGUUUUAUUGGUCGUUAAACGGAGAGCUUCGUCGAACUCAUCAACUUGCCCAGGCAAUUCUGCUCCACAAACUCAUCGACUUACGCUCACGCGAAAUAAUAAAAAAGAUGAUUUUGGAAUUGUAUUGGGUUGUCGAUUAUACGUGAAGGAGGUGACUCGAGAAAAUAUUGGUGUUAAGCCUGGCGAUGUCCUAACGCGAAUAAGUGGUAUUGCCGCUGAUAAUAUGAGCCUAAAGGAAGCAAGAAAGCUAAUGGAUCAAUGUAAGGAUCGAUUGUCCAUUGUAAUUACCAGAGAUUCUUCGUGUUGUCAAGUUCAACAACAAGUUAAGACUGAUAGCGGCGAGUAUUUAUCCGGUGCGAGUUAUAGCAGUCAAAACUUGUAUGUUCCACCACCAACGAGACAACCAUUGGAAGAUAAAAGUAAUUUGGUUCCAAGAGGACGUUCAAGAGGUCCUUUAAUGGAUGUUUCUUUGAGUCAAUUGGAUUUACCAGCGACACCAACGGUAGAUCCACCUAGGCCACCUCCGCCAAGACCCGAAGAUUAUUAUAGUUCGCGAAGACAGAUGUAUGACGAGGAUUCUAUUACACAGCGAACGAAACAGCCAAUGCCGGAUCCUCGAUUCAUUACUUUCCAAAAAGAAGGUUCGGUAGGGGUCCGAUUGUGUGGAGGAAAUGAAACUGGCGUUUUUGUAACGGCGGUUCAAGCUGGAAGUCCGGCUUCUCUUCAAGGUCUUCAACCAGGUGAUAAAAUUUUAAAGGUAAAUGACAUGGAUAUGAAAGGUGUAACCAGAGAGGAAGCGGUACUAUUUCUUCUUAGUCUUCAAGAGCAAAUCGAUCUGAUCGUACAGCAUCGACGUCAGGAAUACGAUCAAAUAGUUGCGUCUGGUAGAGGUGAUUCGUUUCACAUCAAGACACAUUUUCAUUACGAACAACCUGAAAAGGGAGAGAUGAGCUUUCGCAGUGGCGAUGUCUUUCAUGUAGUAGACACUCUUCAUAAUGGAGUCGUAGGUUCUUGGCAGGUAUUCCGAAUUGGAAGAAACAACCAAGAAGUACAGAAAGGUAUUAUUCCAAACAAAGCACGCGCCGAAGAACUUGCUACUGCACAAUUCAAUGCCACGAAGAAGGAACUAAGUGCUAGCGAGAGUAGAGGUAGCUUCUUUAGGAGAAGAAGAAGUAGUCAUAGACGUUCAAAAUCUCUGGGAAGGGAUCAUUGGGACGAUGUGGUAUUCUCCGAUAGUGUCAGUAAAUUUCCAGCUUAUGAACGAGUCAUUCUUCGACAUCCUGGGUUUGUUAGACCGGUUGUACUUUUUGGUCCUGUCGCAGAUCUUGGUAGGGAAAAAUUACUUAAGGAUUUUCCCGACAAAUUUACUUCCCCACAAAUGGAAAGUCAAAUGGAAGAGAGCGGUAAUAAAAAUACAAAAUCAUCGGGUAUAAUUCGUUUGAGUGCCAUCAGAGAAGUAAUGGACAGAGGAAAACAUGCUCUAUUGGAUAUUACUCCGAAUGCUGUAGAUCGGUUAAAUUAUGCCCAGUUUUAUCCUAUUGUGAUAUUUUUAAAAGCUGAAACAAAACAAGUUAUUAAAGAAAUGAGAGCAGGUAUUCCCAAAUCAGCGCACAAAAGUAGCAAAAAGCUUUUAGAACAAUGUCAGAAGUUGGAUAAAAUUUGGGGACAUAUAUUUAGCGCUGUUAUCACACUUACGACUCCCGAAGCUUGGUAUCGAAAACUUAGAGAAUUGAUAGAUCGUCAGCAACAGGGAUCGUUAUGGAUGAGCCAAACAAAGCCGGAAGAAGCCCUCUCGGAUGACUUCCUAUUCCCGAUGACUUCUCGCCUCUCCUACGCUUCCUCUCCGGAGAGUGAUCUGGAAUUAAGCCCUGCACCUGCGCUUCCUGGGACAUUGGGUCCACCUAUACGCUUGAAGAGUAGUUCAGAUCCAAGUAUUGCUACGCAAGAUGAUACAACCGCACCUCCUCCAUAUUCUACAAAUUAUCAACAAUCUUUUGAACAACAUAAAAGAAGAUCACAAGGAGGUGCUGGAGAUAGCAAAUAUGGUUUCUCUUUAUCAGGACAAACAAGUAAUCAAUCUGGUUCUCCUGAAUAUCUUGGUACUUCAUUUGAACCUAGAUCUCCACAUCAUAGUCCUCCGGAUCUACCACCCCGGAUCGAUCGAAAUAUUAAACCAACAAAUCAAACGACACGAGGGACGGUGCGUUCGACGCAAGAAAGGCUCAUUAACAAAACUGAUUCUGUCUUGGACGUUGGAAACUAUAUAAAUGCAUCGCCUCAUAAAGUAAAUGCUACGUCAUCUCUUGAAAGGACACAAACAAAAACAGGAAGUUAUGAUAGUAUGUCUUCAUAUGACUCAUAUAAUAAUAAUACUAAUGGGAAUUCAAGUUAUGCUGGUGUGAAUCUUAACACAUCGACGAAUCGUUUAGGCCCCAAUGUACCUGAUGAUUUAAAAAGUAGUGGCAUGUCAGCUAGAGCUCAUGAUCCAUAUAGAUUUACAAGAUCUACAGCUCAACCUGUAGCUACACAAGAACCUCAAGCUACUAGAACAGAUUAUGCUAAAUAUAGCAGGACCACAGACUAUAAACCAAUAUCAAUUCCACAAAAUAAGCCAGGAGGAUCAUACAAACCUAUACCACCGCCAAAGCCCAAGAAUUACAGGCCACCGCAAACAACUUUAGUAGGAGAUGAAAAUAGUGGAAAUAAUGGCAAUAAUGGAAAUAAUGGAAACAAUGGAAACAAUGGAAACAAUGCUUAUCAGCACACGAAAAGUUAUUCUAUUGCCACUUCACACGUGCAUAAUGGAGUAGAAAAUAAUAGCAACGUUAGACGCAACAACAGUCAGUAUUAUUAUAAUAUUCCACCUCCCACUCGUCAUAACGAAAAUAACCCAGUAAAUUCGCAUCAUAAUCACAGCCACAUAACUCCUCCAAUACAUAGUCAUAGCCUGAGUCAUACUCAUCCUCACUCUAGUCCUCCUGUGACUUCUCAUUCUCAUUCAAAUAGUGCUGGUCAAAUCAAUCUUAAUUCCACGCAUAAUCGGAACAACAUCAAUCAUAAUGGUUUCAAUCAUAAUAACAGUCAUGGAAGUGGAAGUCAAACUUAUGCUUCUGGAAAUUCUACUCACAAUAGAGAACCUAAUGGUUUAGAUUUAGCUGGAAGCAGGGAACAAAGAGGUAGUGCUUUUGAACUUUAUCGGAAACCGGUACAUCAUUAUAAUAUUAGGUAAACUACAGUAUAGAUUUUUAAUAUCUACUGUAAUUCACUGAAAUUCUAAUUUUUGUUCCGAUAAAAUAGAUAAAAAUAAAUUGUACCGCUAUAAAUAAUAAUAAUUACAAGAAUCACACAAUGAUAUAAAUGUAGAAAACCAUCUGCCUUAAAACUACCUCUGUAUAAAGAUUGGCGAAAAAAAUAGUUAGCUAUGUAUUUUAUAUACACUUGGUUUACAUAAUAUGUAAUAAAGUAUAGAUUAAAGUAUGAUGCGAUAGUGUCUGCUUUGAUAGAUAAUUGAAAAUCGAUUUGUAUUUUAUUAUAAUGUACGGAAUAAUGGAAUAUUUCAAAUGAUAAUGUCUAUCACAUUGAUUGUUAUUGCAUUUAAAUGAUAAACUAAUUAUAUAUGAAAAACUAUGACAUGUGAUAUAAUUAAAAUAACAUCGAGAGACAGAUAAUCAUUAUACUCUAUGUAUACAAGUUUUAUAUGUUUAUUUAUUUUGAAUCUAAAAUUCAAGAUGGAAAAUCAUAUAUAUUCUUCCAAAGAGAAAUCAAUUUUUCUUAUGAUAAAAUAUACAAACUGAAAUAAUGAAAUAAUUAUCUCUUAUAUAGAUCAUCAUUUUUAUAAUAUGUUGAAUGAUCGCAUAAAUAUAUAUUGUUGUAUUCAAAAAUUAUAGAUAAAUAAAACCAUUAAAAUUUAUAAGAUUAGAGAAAAAAAUAAACCAAAAAUUAAUUAUUCUCCGACAAGUAUUAAAAUGAUUUAUUCUGUUUAGAUGUUUAAAUUGAUAAAAAACAAUUGUAUUACAUAGUGUCGAUAAUAACUGACCACUAAUAUCAGCUGAUAAUUGCUGACAUUGUAUUGUUUCUUUUAUAUUUGAAAGAGAAUUGAUUAAAUCAGAAAUAACGAAUUCGAUACAUCCCCUGACUGUUCCCAUCUAUUUAGUAGUUUUCUUAUAGAAAUGUACUAUUUCUGCAACAAUAACUUCUUUCUCCUUUCGUAAAUAAAUUCUAUUUUAAUAUUUAUCAUUUAUUGUAUUGAGUUUCUUACAUUCA